UUUCAUGAUUCACCAAUGUAUUAUACAUUAUUAUUAUUAUUUAUAACCCUUUAUAAAAAUUCAAUUGCAUUACAAAAAGAUGGAGAUAAAAUAAUUAUGCAGCCAGUAGAGUUAAUUGAUCUGGUGAUACAGGAACAGAUGAGAAGCGAUAGGCCUGCUAUUCGACGACGAUAUAAAGAAAACGCCAAGACCGCGAUGGAUGCUCUCGGCAAAAUUGAAGUACAAACAGAAGAUAUCAGCGGUGAUGAGGAACGGUUACGUGCGCGUAAGGUGUGGAGUCGGUGGGGUAAGUGGAGCGAUUGUUCGGCGACAUGCGGGGGCGGCAUGAUCGUGCGGCGCAGGCUGUGCGUGGCGGGGCGCUGCGCCCCCGGCGAACUCGAGGAGCAGCGGAGACCCUGCGCCGAGUCGCCCUGUACCACCACCUCCUAUGAACUCGGACCCGAAGACAUGCGCGAAGUCGAAUAAACUCGUUAUCUUAAUUUACCACACAAAAACAGACUAUGUUCUCGUAUAAUGGAUCACAAAUUUUGUAUAAAUUAUGUUGACAUGUGAUAAUUAAAUUAUAAGAAGUAAUUAGA